UAUACCGAGCUGAAAGGAAAAAGUUUAUUUCGGUGGUUUCCAAAGUAGUUUUUAAUUAUUUAAAAACAUUAAGGGUGUUAAGUGUAGAAUAAAUGCUCGGAUAAAGGAUAAAUUGCAUGAAAAGAACCAACGAAAAGUGAUUUUUGAAGAAACAUCAAGAAAACAACAAAAAGAAAGUUUCUUUUUUGUUAAAAAUUAUUCCGUGGCUGUUUAUUUAUUAUUGCAAUAGUUUUUUACUGUAUUUAUUAAGUUAUAAAAAAAUGUUUUUAAUAAUUUAAUCAUCAACGUGGAUAUUACUAAGUUAAAAGCAACAUUCCGCAUUAAAACCUUAACAAAAGAAUCGCUGGUGAUUCUUCAGAAUUCACAAAAUUAUCAUUAAACGACUCAUGAUGAGCUAAAACGAUCUCGAAAGGGAAUAAGAUUCUCAGAAUUCUACAAACGAGUUGAAUUUGAUAUUAAUUCUCAUCCCUAACGAAGAAUAUUUCCAUUAAUAGUCAUCAAACAUAAAUUAUCGAUUCCAUCUUAUGCAUUCGUAAAGAAAAAGAAAUUCUUAACAUCAACAUAUCCACACCGAAACAAAAACAACAAUUAAGAGCUUAAAACAGGAAGGAAAUGACUUUAAGCACAUCGGAAUCGGAGACAACGACAAAUGUCAUAAAUAACAAUACGAUUGCGAAAGGCAUGCAAGCUGAGAAUCUUCCAACAUCGGAAUUAAGUUUGCUGGCCAAACUGGAAGCUGCAAAUAAAUUGAUUGAGAGUGACUCGAAGAGUCUAAACUCUCUUCAGAGCUCAGCGCAUAGUCGCAAAAGCUCCGAUACUAGUCAGAUUAGUUUAAAUUCAGGAUCAUCGUCAGUCGGUGAAGAAGAUAUUUGGUCGAUAUGGGCGACAAUUGUCACUGAUUGGGAGACAGCAUUAAAGCGAAAGAAUCCAUCAGUGAAGGAGCUUGUACGUAAAGGAAUUCCCCAUCACUUUCGUGCGAUUGCUUGGCAACUUUUAUGCAAUGCAACCGACACUGAUAAGAAACAAUACGCUGAAUAUAUUAAAGCGACAUCAGCAUGUGAACGCGUCAUUCGACGUGAUAUCGCUCGAACAUAUCCAGAACAUGAUUUCUUUAAAGAGAAAGAUGGAACCGGGCAAGAAGCACUUUUUAAUGUGAUGAAAGCUUAUUCGCUUCAUGACCGUGAAGUUGGCUAUUGUCAAGGUUCGGGAUUCAUUGUUGGUCUUCUACUUAUGCAAAUGCCAGAGGAAGAAGCGUUUGCUGUUCUCGUUCAAAUCAUGCAACAACAUCGCAUGCGAGAUAUGUUUAAGCCUUCAAUGGCGGAACUUGGAUUGUGCAUGUAUCAGCUUGAGAAUCUCGUACAAGAACAAUUGCCAGAACUUCAUUUACAUUUUCAAUCGCAGGGUUUUCAGACAUCAAUGUAUGCUUCAAGUUGGUUCCUUACACUUUACACAACAGCUCUCAAUCUGAAUCUAAUUUGUUGUCGAAUUAUGGACGUCUUUUUAAGUGAAGGCAUGGAAAUGAUUUUUAAAAUUGCACUUGCACUCUUGACGAUCGGUAAAGAAACUGUUUUAUCGCUUGACAUGGAAGCAAUGUUGAAGUAUUUCCAGAAAGAACUGCCACAGAAAGUCGAAAGCGACGUUGAAGGUUUAUUCAAUCUCGCUUACUCCAUUAAAAUUAAUCCGAAGAAGAUGAAAAAGAUGGAGAAAGAUUAUGCAGAGCUGAGAAAGAAGGAACAAGAAGAGAUGGUAGAACUGAGGCGUUUGCGCAAUGAAAAUCGUUUGCUGAAGAAGCGAAAUGAGUUGCUGGAAGCUGAAAGCACUGAACUCGCUAAUCGACUUGUUCGUGGCCAAGUUUCAAGGGCGGAGGAAGAAGAAACAAACUUUGCAAUACAAUCAGAGCUGUUAGCGCUUCGUCGAGCGCAUCUUGAAAUUUCUCAUCAGCUUGAAACAGCGAAUGAAGAGGUUCGAGCAUUGAGUCUGAGACUGCAAGAGAAUAACAAUUCACGUCAAAAUUCCAUUGAUGAGCUGAUUCAUAAAGAAGAAGCUCUUAAGGAGCGUGAUGAGAUGGUGAGUUGUUUGCUCGAAGAACUUGUGAAAGUUCGUCAAGGCUCAGCAGAGAAUGAAGACACCAUCAGGAAUUUGAGGACGAAGAUUCAAGAAGUUGAAGAGGAUAAGAAACGACUUCGUGAGACAACGACUGACAACUCAGUUGCGCAUCUUCAAGAUGAAUUGAUUGCUAGCAAAUUGAGAGAGGCAGAAGCAAGUUUAUCAUUAAAAGAAUUAAAGCAACGUGUGAUGGAAUUGAGUUCUCAAUGGCAACGACAAUUACAAGAACAGAAAAAUGACGCACAACCGCAGCCAGAAUCGACGCCUAAGAAACUUUUAUCAGGACUUUGGGAGGCUUCAGGAAAAUCUCACGAGCAACAAAAACUUGAAGAAGAGUUGAUGACGACCAGAAUUCGUGAGAUUGAAACAUUAACAGAGCUGAAAGAGCUUCGACUGAAAGUGAUGGAACUUGAAACGCAAGUUCAAGUAUCGACAAAUCAAUUGCGUCGACAAGAUGAAGAACAUAAAAAGGUGAGAGAGGAAUUGGAAGAAGCUUUGAAUCGUGAGAAAGAUAUGUCAAAUAAGGCGAGGGAACAACAACAUAGAUAUUCCGAUCUUGAAUCUCGCAUGAAAGACGAGUUGAUGAAUGUCAAAAUCAAAUUCACUGAACAGAGUGCACGACUUGCCGAAAUGCAACAAGAAGUUUCUCGAUUAGAAACAAAGAAUUCUGAAAUGCAAGCUGAAGGUGAAUUGCGAUCAAACUUGGAAGAAUCUGACAGAGUUCGUGAAUUACAAGACAAAGUUGCUGACUUGAAAGCAGAGUUUCCAACGCCUAUAACGAGUCCUGACACAGAACAGCCCUGGAAGUGGAUAAGCUAAAUUAACACACACAAAGCACUACUCUCGAAUUGCACAAAGUUGUUGUUCUAAAUAAUAAUUAAGUCGUGAAUGCACAUCAUAAUAUUUCUUUCCUGAUUAAAUUAUUCAUAAUCUUCUUAAUCGAGUCAUGAAAGUAACCCACAAUGGAUAAUCUUUAGGAUUUUUAGACUACCUAGGAUAAAAAAAAACUUAACAUUAAUGUGUUUGUUUUAAAUCGAAUUGAAAUUGGAAGACAAAAAAUCAAGAAACGAUCAAGAAAAAAAAUUUAGAAGAUAAAAAAGAAUUUUGUAGAAAAAUUUAAUAGAAAAACUUAGAGACUAAUUUCACUUAACUAAAGGUUAUUAUAUACUUUUUAAUUAAUUAGACGCUUUUCUUCCUGCAUGCUACAAAUGUAGUUAAAGUAUUUCUUUUGUAAGAAAAUCUUUGAUGUGCUUUUAUCUUGUUUUUAAAACGCAAUUCUAUUUUGUGAUUCACAAAUAUUUAUUUAUUCUCCUACCUUUAGAAUGUUUCAAAUUUUCAUUUAUGCUUUUCUUAAUGUUUAAGUAUUUAAUUUUAAUUAUAAAUACACCUGGUUGUUGAAUGAUAAACUUUGUUAAAAGUUGAAUGAAAAUUAUGACGAAAGUCAAGUAUUGAAUGUUACUUGACUUAUUUGUAAACAUUUUAAGUCAAGUGACGAAAUAAAGUCAAGUCAUAAUCUCAUUCUCAGCUUCAUUAAUCCUAAAUCCAUUCUCUUUAAAACUCCUUUUUAAACAUUCCUAUGCAUGAAGAACUAUUAAUUACUCAUUUCAUGAUAUUCCUUAAUAUUUUACUAAUUUUUUAUCCGAAUUUUUAUCGUCCCAUUUCCUCCCCAUUCACACCACCUAAACAAAACAUCAUUGAAACUCUCUAUUGGAAUUCACCAUCGACAGUUAGCAGCAGUUAGAAGUCGUG